AGCCCCCGCGAGGCCAUGGAGCGGCGCGGCCCCGUCCACGCGCUGCCCGAGGAGAUCCGCAAGGUACGAGCUGCGGAAAUGCCAAGCCGCCGCAUUCGGAGCUCCCGCAGCACUUCAGGGAUGUUGCACAGGCCUAUGCCCCGGGACCAGACAGUGUGCAAAUACUGCGGAGUCAGCUACCUGACCCUCCACGAGUUCAAGCUGAUGGAAGACAAGGUGAAAGCAAUGGAGAAGGAGAUGAAGGUUUAUAAAGGAAGCCUGGAACGGGAGCAGAGGCUCCAGGCAGAGGUGCAGGCUCUCCACCACGACCUGGAGCGCUGUCGGGCUGAGAGCGACUCCAAAACAGAAAGGAUAAAAGCCCUGACAGUGGAACUCAAAAGCAAGCAGGAGGAGAUGAAAACUGUGAAAGCUGAUUUGCAGUAUUUCCAGGAGGAGAAGGAAGCUGCCUACAAGCAGUCUCAGGUGCUCAGAACGACCUUGGAACACCAUUGCUCCACUCUGAACAAGGCUGUCUCCCUGUUCCCUUUCAUUAGGAGUGAACUAGACAGUAUUAAAGAGGUCAUCUCCACCAACCUGGAGAACUUUGCUGCCAUGAAGGAAGAAAUUUUUCAGCAAAUAAAAGCUGUGAGCAAAGAAGCUCUGACAGAAAUCCCCAAACUGAACCAAAGAUUGGCAAAAUCCCAGCGGGAGAACGAGUGCCUGCAGGAGAAGGUGAGACACCUCACUGGGGUGGCUGACACAGUGGAGCUGAAAACCCAGCAGCUCCAAACUUCCCUGCAGCAGGGGAACGAGCUCCAGAGCCGCUGCCGGGAGCUGCAGAAGGAAACUCUGGAUCUAACAAACCAGGUGGAGACAGCUGGCCUGCAGCUGCAGAAGGUGACAGCAGAGCUGGAGCACUACAAGAAGCUGCUGCUGGUGAAGUCAACAGAGCUUGAUGUCUGUCAGAAUGAACUGAAAAAGAUCAAAUAUGAAAAUGGAAUUGCUGAGUCCAGGCUUAUGAAAGAGCUGAAGGAAAAGGAGGAAUCCCUUCUCAUUUGCCAACAAAUCUGCAAACAUUUACAGGAGGAAGUGGCUGAGAAAGAAAGGAAAGAAGAAGAUCUGAAAAGAAGAAGUGGGAGAUCAGAGAGUGAGCUGGAAACCCUGAAAGCUCUGCUGAGCCAGACAGAGCAGGAGGUGCUGAUGCUGAAACAGGAGAGGGAGCUGCUGCUGGUGUCCCAGCAGAGCAGGACGGAGCAGCUGCAGGAGGCGCUGAGGCAGAAGCUUCGCAGCGAGGACUCCUGGAGGGACAAGCUGGAAAUGGACCUGGCCAAGGGGGAGGCUCGGCACAAGGAAGCAAUCCUGAAGGUCAGGGAGGAGGCCAGAGUGGAGCUGGACCUGGAGAGACAAAAGCAGCAGGAGCUGAUCACCAAAUACCAGAGAGAGCACGAGGAGCUCCAGCAGAAGAUCCCAGGUUUAAUAUCCAGUGCCACCAAGAGCUUGAGGAUGGAGACAGAAAUUCUGGAGAAGAAGCUCCAAGAUGCCCAAAUGAGACUGGCAGAGAAGGAUGGAGACAAGGAAAAAGAAAUCCAGGGCCUGAAGAGGCUCAUCAGUGAGCUGGAGUUCCAGCUGACCAUGGAAAAGAGCAACAGUGAAUCAUUCCUGGACAAACUGAGGAAAGAAAUUAAGCACAAGUCAGAUGAACUGGAAAAAUUAACCCAGGAGAAGACCCAGCUGAUUCACAGCUUGAGUCAAGUUCAAGAGGAGAACUCGGUGCUGCAGGACACGGUUCGCCGGGAGUGCGAGGAGCGUUUCGAGCUGACGGCGGCUCUGGGCCGUGCCCGGGACCAGGUGCUGGAGCUGCGGAGGCUCAGCGGGACCCUGCCGGGCUCGCCCCGCUCGCUGCCCCCCGGGGACCUGCGGCUGUCCGCGCUCCGGGCUGCCCGGGGCCGGCACGGCGGGGCCACCAGCGGCAACCCCGGGGCCACCAGCGCCUCCCUCGGGGCCACCAGCGCCUCCCUCGGGGCCAUCCCGGCCAAGGCAAGGGGCUCCGGCCGAGCCAGCGCUGAGCUCCGCCUGGGAAACCAGCCCAAAGGAACCCCAGCUCAUCAUUCCUACCCCUUCAAAUCCAGCUGAAAUCUCUUUAUUUAUUUUUGAUGCAAUAACUUUUAUCUGUCCGUUAAUUUAUUCAUGGUGUAAUUAAGUGCUGGGUGCGUUUCAAGGUGAGAAAAGGAAAAAGUCUCUCCGAGAGGAGCACAAAGAGCUGCACAUCUUCAAUGGGUGGGAUUGAAAUCAGAGAAUUUCUGGAUCCCAGAAGGUUUGGGUUGGAAGGGACCUUAAAGCUGAUCCUGCUGCAGUGCCCUGGCCCUGGGCAGGGAAUCAUGGCCCAGCAUCCCAGGAUCCAGGAGGGAUCCAGGGUUUGGAUCCAGGAUGGAUUCAGGGUUUGGAUCCAGGGUUUGGAUCCAGGGUUUGGAUCCAGGAUGGAUCCAGGAUGGAUUCAGGGUUUGGAUCCAGGAUGGAUUCAGGGUUUGGAUCCAGGAGGGAUUCAGGGUUUGGAUCCAGGAUGGAUUCAGGGUUUGGAUCCAGGAUGGAUUCAGGGUUUGGAUCCAGGAGGGAUUCAGGGUUUGGAUCCAGGGGAUGGAUUCAGGGUUUGGAUCCAGGGUUUGGAUCCAGGGUUUGGAUCCAGGAUGGAUUCAGGGUUUGGAUCCAGGGUGGAUUCAGGGUUUGGAUCCAGGGUUUGGAUCCAGGAUGGAUCCAGGGUUUAGAUCCAGGGUUUGGAUCCAGGGUUUGGAUCCAGGAUGGAUCCAGGGUUUGGAUCCAGGAUGGAUUCAGGGUUUGGAUCCAGGAUGGAUCCAGGGUUUGGAUCCAGGAUGGAUUCAGGGUUUGGAUCCAGGGUGGAUUCAGGGUUUGGAUCCAGGAUGGAUUCAGGGUUUGGAUCCAGGAGGGAUUCAGGGUUUGGAUCCAGGAUGGAUCCAGGGUUUGGAUCCAGGAUGGAUUCAGGGUUUGGAUCCAGGAUGGAUCCAGGGUUUGGAUCCAGGGUUUGGAUCCAGGAUGGAUUCAGGGUUUGGAUCCAGGAUGGAUCCAGGGUUUGGAUCCAGGGUUUGGAUCCAGGAUGGAUUCAGGGUUUGGAUCCAGGGUUUGGAUCCAGGAUGGAUUCAGGGUUUGGAUCCAGGAUGGAUCCAGGGUUUGGAUCCAGGGUUUGGAUCCAGGAUGGAUUCAGGGUUUGGAUCCAGGAUGGAUCCAGGGUUUGGAUCCAGGGUUUGGAUCCAGGAUGGAUUCAGGGUUUGGAUCCAGGGCCUUGCAGCAGCCUGGGACAGGAUGAGCUCUGAGGUCCCUUCCAGCCCACAGCAGGCUGUGAUUCCAUCACUCCAUCGUUUCAAAUCUGGGCUCUUGUCCCCUGUUUGUGUCCUGGAGCAGUAGGGAGUAAAGGAGGAGCGUGGCCAGGAGGAACAGCACAUAAAAUAACGGGAUCAUGGUUCUGCCAUGAGGGAGUGGCCAGGUCCUGGAUCCAAACCAAGCCCAGAACAAAUAUUUCCCUUCUCCCCCUCCCUCCCAGAAGCCAGAGCUCCUGCUGCUAAGCAAUAAACAAAAUAUGGAAAUGUCAGAGACCCCUUUCUACAGGCUUUGAAAACAAUUUAGUGUCUCUCACCGUGUCAAGGAAAGUUUACCAAGUGUUUUCCAUGGUGGGAUGAAAGGCAGCAGCACCUCAUUACAGCCCUGGAAUUUUAGGAAAUCAAACUUCCUGCAGGAAGUUCUUGUGCAGUGGUGUCAGGGACCUUGCACUCCAGGACUUGUGGCACGAGGCAAAGCCAAACAAAGCUCCAGGCUGGGAACAAAGCUGUCCCUGUGGCUGUGGGCAGCACCCAGCCCUUCCCUUGGAGAAACCUCCCGUGGCACUGGGCUGGCUUGUCCUUUUCUGUUUCAGCUCUGGAGGGAGCUCCCAAAGCCCUGAACCUUCCCAGGAAGGAUCAAUCCCUGAGCCAGGCAGGGCAAUGGGGCUGAGGGAUGCUCUGUGUGAGCCCCAGCCACCAUCAAAGCCCUGCUCAGUGCCCCCUCCCUGCUCCCAGGGGACAAGGGACAAGAGGAAGCCACAGAAUCUCAGUCAGUGCCUCAGUGUGGCUCAUCCUUUUCCCACCUUUGCCCAAAAUUCUCCACAGACACAGUGGAGAGUCCAGCCCCAGUGUGGUCCUGCUCCUGGAUCAGCACUGGCCAUGCUCAGCUUGCCAUGGAUGUCACUUCAUUCCCACUGGGACAUCUCAAACCAAAGCUGGGAUCAUCACUAGACCUUGCUCUGAGGUGUGUGUAGGAUCUGGGAUCCCGACUGUGCCUUCAGAUGGAGUUUUUCUACAAAAGAAGAAAUUAGACUGCAGGAAAAAGCAUCUUAGUUCCUAAGCAGUGUUAAAAGUGCAUGGAAAUAGAAACUGAUGCCACAGAUCAUUAAAAUGUAUUAAUCAGAAUAAAAACCUGACUGCC